CGAACAAAAUUCCUUACUUCCAUUAAAAGGAAGGAUUACUACUCAAACCACGCAGCAACAUAAAAAACAAGCACUGGGCGUCCAAGAAAAAACAAGUAUUAAUACAAGGUAGGUAGAAGUAGGAAGAGCACUUUAGACAAAAUAAUUAAAAAAGGAAAGAGACAAGAUAUGCAUACGCUAAAACUUGACAGAAACUCAGAAUUUGAGAAGCAUUGGACCAGAUUGCGGUCCAACUACUAUUUAAAGCAGAUUGGAUUCAUGUCACGGCCCUCAGAGACAAAAAGUACCCUCCUCAGCUUGUUACUUCCUCUUUCCUUUCUGCUCCUAUCCAGGUUCUUCUAUGCUUCCUACCUCUUCACCAUAACUGCCACUCCAUGCUCCCUUCCUCCUUCUCUUUUCUUAAAUCUCUCCCUCAUCAUCAUCCCUAGUCUUCUCUACGUCCUCGUCUCAGCUGUUAGCGUAGCCACUGUGGUUCAUGGCCUGACUGGAAAAAUCACCUUUGCAAGCGAGUUCCCGGACCCCAUCUACCGUCCCCGCCUGUUUACCGCAUGGAUCAUCCUCUGCGUUUUGCAGGUAUGUGUCUGUCUAGGAAUUGAAGGUAGCAUAGAGGCGGAAAUCAAAGUGCACCGGAUUCCGCUAACAUGCAAGAAUUUCUCCUGGGCUGCUGUGAAUCCCAUUGACAGACCUGUCACUCGGGAGCAAGGUUCAUUUGAUUGGUUCAAAGGUGUCAUGGAUGAAGUUGCAGAGCUUGAUCUAAGGGGUGUCAUUGAAAUGCACAACUAUUUGACUAGUGUGUGUGAGGAAGGGGACGCCGGUUCGGCUCUCAUCACUAUGGUCCAAGCGCUAAAUCAUGCUAAGAACGGGCUUGACAUUGUUUCUGGCACCAGGGUUCGGACCCAUUUUGCAAGGCCUAAAUGGAAGAAGGUUCUUUCUAAGUUAAGUUCCAAGCAUUGCAAUGGCAGGAUAGUUUGCAAAUUCCGGAAGCAUGGGCCUACUCCACAAGUCAACGUAACCGAGGACCCCUUUGUGGCGAUGUUAUCUAACAUAAACAUGCUUAAUGGCGGUGAGGGAUGGUGGAUUGAUUCUGGUGUCGCAAGGCAUGUUUGUAAAGACAAAUCUUGGUUCAAAACAUUUUCUGAAUGUGAUGUUGAAAAGGAAGUGAGACUUGGUGAUGGUCAUACAAUCAAGGUUCCUAGCCAAGGAGAAGUGAAAUUGAAUUUUACCUCUGGAAAAACAUUGACUCUCAAAGAUGUGCUUUAUACUCCUUAAAUGAGGAAAAAUUUAGUUUCUGGAUUUCUUCUUAGUAAGGUUGGCUUCAAAGAGGUUUAUGAAUCUGGGUAUUAUGUUUUAACUAAAAAUGGUAUAUUUGUUGGGAAAGGUUAUACAUGUGAUGGCAUGUACAAGUUGAAUAUUGAUAUGAAUAAAGUUCCUUUAAGUUC